GGAUCGAGGCGGCGCUCGGCAAGAAGCUAGAGGCGUACGAGGCGAGCCGGGACGAGGUGAUGGUGUUCAAGCCGCGGGUCGAGGAGGCUCAGCAGCACGCGCGCCACGAGAUGAAGCAGCUGCUCGACGACCGCGGCAAGAAGGGUGCGGUGCUGAAGGGUCGCCACGAAGCCAGGGACAAGAAGCGGCGGCGCGACGACGCCAUGGACGCCGAGGAAGGGUGAUUUGUUGACGAUGACGGUAGCAGGUGGAGGGGAACGAGCGUGGGGGAAUGGAAUGAAAGCAGGCAGAUAUCCGUAACUGUGGAAGUGAAUGGCAUUUCGACGUGCUACAAUGUUUCCCAUAGCGUCGCAGACCUCUCUCCCUAUUCGUUACCCUCGCGUACGCCAUUCUUGCCAUGCGUGUGCGCAGUGGUUCUCUCUCGUAGGUAUAGCCAGCAGCUCCUCGAGCGCCAGAGCUAGCGUCGGGAGGAAUGCUGCUCUGCCCUCACUACAUACCUACCGAGGCCGACUCCCUCCCCAGCGUACCCCGCGCCAGCUGCGCGCUACAUGCAAGCUUCACACCCGCGGCACCACGACAACAACUGGCCGCUCGGGCGCGAGGCACCUAAGCAGAAGGGGGCAGCAUCCGGCCGGCGCUCUCGCACCCACGCAACGGCCUGCCUCUCUUCGAAUAAGCAACAGGAAGGUAGUGGCGUGCGCGCGCCCCGCGCGGGCAAGCAAGCGGGGGUGUGUGUCUGCGAGGGAGACCGGCGUGGACACCGGUCGUGUCCAGGACGAGGCGCGCGGCCUGCUGAUGCAUGUCUCGAUGUUAUGCGCGCAGCGCCCGCAUUCCAGCCGGGGGGGCACACAGCCCAGUUCCAGGGCCCGGGCACACGCGCGCCAGGGUCACUGUGGACAAUUGUGGGAAUGGUCUCGAAUCGCAGAAGAUGCGACCCGGCGAGAGGCCGCUGAGCGACAUUGGUGCCUAGAUUCCCGGUGCGGCUGCCCCGCCGCCGCAGUUUAUCUUCGUGAUUUUGAAUUGAUCUCCGCAUUUCCAGCACUGACCAUUGCAUUAACGAUAAGAGAUAAGCAACCAUAUUUACACACCCAACAGAAGAGGGCAUAACCCCACCAAACAUUGCGGGCUGUGACUCGCUUCGGCCGUCUUCGGAGCUGCGUCCAAAAAACCUCGACAGCUGGACACUCGCGCGACAACAACAUUUUGUCGAGAUAUAUCUAUCAGUCACUUCCAACAUUAACGUCUCGUGUUGUCCACGAAACUUCGAACAACAUUCAUCAUGGCUCCCGAACGUGUUUGCCUUGCCUACUC